GGGCGUGGCGGGGGCGUGGCGAUGCCUGCCCCCCGGACAAGGCAGGGUUGGUGGCCAGGGGGACAGCGGGGCGGGCCCGCGCCGCGGUCGUGGCCGGGACACGUGGUACGGAACCGGCGCCGCGCUUGCUGCUGGUAAGAGGGCCUUGCCUAGUGGGCCUUCCUUCCCAGGUCGCCCGUCAGUCCCCACUAGAGACAGGACUGACCAUUUGCUCUUCCUUACAAGAACCUUCGAGAUCUGCGGUCUGGGGUCUGGUUGAAAGAUGGCAGCCCUCACUACCCUGUUUAAGUACAUUGAUGAAAAUCAGGAUCGCUACAUUAAGAAACUCGCAAAAUGGGUGGCUAUCCAGAGUGUGUCCGCGUGGCCGGAGAAGAGAGGCGAAAUCAGGAGGAUGAUGGAGGUUGCUGCUGCAGAUGUUAAGCAGUUGGGCGGCUCUGUGGAACUGGUGGAUAUCGGAAAACAAAAGCUCCCUGAUGGCUCGGAGAUCCCGCUCCCUCCUAUUCUGCUCGGCAGGCUGGGCUCUGACCCACAGAAGAAGACCGUGUGCAUUUACGGGCACCUGGAUGUGCAGCCUGCAGCCCUGGAGGACGGCUGGGACAGCGAGCCCUUCACCCUGGUGGAGCGAGACGGCAAGCUGUAUGGGAGAGGUUCGACUGAUGAUAAGGGCCCGGUGGCCGGCUGGAUAAACGCCCUGGAAGCGUAUCAGAAAACAGACCAGGAGAUUCCUGUCAACGUCCGAUUCUGCCUCGAAGGCAUGGAGGAGUCAGGCUCUGAGGGCCUAGACGAGCUGAUUUUCGCCCAGAAAGACACAUUCUUUAAGGAUGUGGACUAUGUCUGCAUUUCUGACAAUUACUGGCUGGGAAAGAAGAAGCCCUGCAUCACCUACGGCCUCAGGGGCAUUUGCUACUUUUUCAUCGAGGUGGAGUGCAGCAACAAAGACCUCCAUUCUGGGGUGUACGGGGGCUCGGUGCAUGAGGCCAUGACUGAUCUCAUUUUGCUGAUGGGCUCUUUGGUGGACAAGAGGGGGAACAUCCUGAUCCCCGGCAUUAACGAGGCUGUGGCUGCCGUCACGGAAGAGGAGCACAAGCUGUACGACGACAUCGACUUUGACAUAGAGGAGUUUGCCAAGGACGUGGGGGCGCAGAUCCUCCUGCACAGCAACAAGAAAGACAUCCUCAUGCACCGAUGGCGGUACCCUUCUCUCUCCCUCCACGGCAUCGAAGGUGCCUUCUCUGGGUCAGGGGCCAAGACCGUGAUUCCCAGGAAGGUGGUUGGCAAGUUCUCCAUCAGGCUCGUGCCGAACAUGACUCCUGAAGUCGUCAGCGAGCAGGUCACAAGCUACCUAACUAAGAAGUUUGCUGAACUGCGCAGCCCCAACGAGUUCAAAGUGUACAUGGGCCACGGCGGGAAGCCCUGGGUCUCCGACUUCAGUCACCCUCAUUACGUGGCUGGGAGAAGAGCCAUGAGGACAGUUUUUGGUGUUGAGCCAGACUUGACCAGGGAAGGCGGCAGCAUUCCCGUGACCUUGACCUUUCAGGAGGCCACGGGCAAGAACGUCAUGCUGCUGCCUGUGGGGUCGGCGGAUGACGGAGCCCACUCCCAGAAUGAAAAGCUCAACAGGCAUAACUACAUAGAGGGAACCAAGAUGCUGGCUGCGUACCUGUAUGAGGUCUCCCAGCUGAAGGACUAGGCCCAGCCGUCUGUGUGCCACCUCCGACGAGAAGGAAUCCUGCCCUCACCUCACCCUUUUCCAACUUGCCCAGGGAAGUGGAGGUUCCCUCUUUCCUUUCCCUCUUGUCAGGUCAUCCACGACUUUAGAGAACAGACACAAGUGUAUCCAGCUGUCUACGGGUGGAGCUACCCGAUGGGCUUAAGAGUGACCUGGAGUGACAGCUGAGUCACCCUGGGUAAGUUCUCAGAGUGGUCAGGAUGGCUUGACCUGCAGAAGAUACCCAAGGUCCAAAAGCAGAAGGUCUGCGGAAAGUUCUGGUUGUUGGCCGGGCAUCACGGCUCACACCUAUAAUCCAGCACUUUGGGAGGCCAAGACAGGAGGAUCACUUGAGGCCAGGAGUCUGAGACCAGCCUAGGCAACAAAACAAGACUCUGUCUCUACAAAAAGUUUAAGAAAUGAGCCAGACAUGGUGGUGUAUGCCUGUAGUCCCAGCCACUCAGAAGGCUGAGGCAGGAGGAUCGCUUGAGACCAAGAGUUUGAGCCUGCAGUGAGCUAUGAUUGCACCACGGCACUCAAGCCUGGGCAAUGUAGCAAGAUCCUGUCUCUACAAGAAGUUUUUUAAAAAUGAGCCAAGUGUGAUGGUGCAUGCCUGUAGUUCCAGCUACUCAGGACACUGAUGUAGGAGGGUUGCUUGAGGCUGAGAGUUGGAGGCUGCGAUGAGCCAUGACUGCCCCACUGCACUCCAGCCUGGGCAACAGAAUGAGACCGCAUAUCAAAAAAAUAAGUUCUGGUUGUCAUUGAAUUGGGAUAAACAGAGAGCUUGAUGCUUUCUGCCUUCUGUCUCAGAUGAUGCAUUGCACAUUUGGGAUAUUUGGAAAGGAAAUGAGGAAAGAAAUCAGGGCCUCCUCUGAUCUCUUGCUAUCUGCGGGUCCUGUCCUUUUCUCAAGACCUUCACCAUUACUGGUGUUUUCCUGUCUUCUCUUUAGUAUGAUCCCUCAAAACCUCACUAACUGGUAGGAUGAUUUUGUCUCAGUUUGUCCUAAAUAAAAAGUAAACAUGACACCUCUAAAA